GCAGUGGCGGAUCGUUCAAAGAACUCGAUUCCCACCGGCUUUUCUAAUUUCAGUCCGUUGAUUACUGUCACAAUCGGUUCAUGGCGAAAAGGAAAGCAAAAUUUGCUCCGGGUUCCCUACGAAUAUUUGUGACGCGCCGCCACUGAUGUAUAGCCAAGACAUUCGUAAUUUGUGUUUUCAUAUUUUUCUAAAAACAUUCAAAAGUUAAGCAAUUAAGAUAUUGAAUUUCACCUCACAGCUAUUGGCUAUUUUUUCAUAAUCUGCCUUCAACUUCUGUCUGGAAUUUUGAAAAUUUAACGUUUUCAACUGAAAUUCACGAGAACUACUCACGUGUCUAAAAAUUCUGAUACUAACAUUUUGCAACGUUCCAUUCAGUAUCGUUAUAUGAGAAACCAAAAGUUGGGACACUUGUACUAACAGGUUCGUAAGUGCCCCUAAAUCCGAUAAAAGAAUUAAAGUACAUAGAUAAAAAAGUGGCCUGUUGGGAUUUUUUUUUAGAUAGCCAGCCGUUUCCUUAUAUUAUAACUUUACAAAAUACGCUAAUACCUAAGAGCGUUUUCACAUUUUCCGAUCCGAUAUCGGAUGUAGGAUCCUACAAUAGACAAGGACAAACAACUAAAAGAUACAUAAGUCUAUCCCUUUCAGAUCACGCACACUACUACAAACAAACCGGUAAUCGGCAAUGACAUGAUGCCCCAAAAACUCAACCAAAGGAGUGUCCAAAACAGCAUGUCUCCAGGUUGAUCGUUAUUCCGUACUUCGUAAACCUCUUGAACACUAAGGCUAGAUGCCGUUCAUGCUGCUCACUAUUAUCGCUAGCUAUUAUGACAUUUAUGACAUCAUCGAGGCACCUCGAUUGCACUAGAAACUUAACAAUGAGGCUCAUAAUGUUUGCCUUUUGUUAUCUAAUUUGGAGCACUUCCAAUUGGCACGUGUCGGUGCAAUCUGAAUGCAAUUAAAGCGUGACUAAGAAAUUUUGGUACUUGAAAAUAAAAAAAACGUACAAUUAGUAAUUGACAUUAUUGUUUAAUUAUAAUAAUGUAGGUCGCUUUUCGGUGAAGGAAAACAUCGUGAGGAAACCGGACUAAUCCCAACAAGGCCUAGUUUAUCCUCUGGGUUGGAAGGUCUGAUGGCAGUCGCUUUCGUAAAAACUAGUGCCUAUGCUAAAUCUUGGGAUUAGUUGUCAAGCGGACCCCAGGCUCCCAUGAGCCGUGGCAAAUGCCGGGACAACGCGAGGAAGAAGAAGAAGAGUGUAGGUACAAGGAAAGAUAACCGAGAGUCGAACUCGAUAGCUAGCGUUAGCUAAUAGGGAGCGAAUGCGAUCUUUAUGAAAAAAUGCGCGGCACAAUUUAUACAGCUAUUUAAUUUACACUUACAGAAGGAAGUUACAAAAAGCACAGUUUUAGGUUGGAAAAUAAAGAACCAAAGAACACUACAUUUAGAAGAGAAACAAAUAACACUGAAUAGGAAAUGAGGAAAUAACUAAACACAACAAAGUAUAACACAAAGCGAAAAAGCAAAGCGAAUUGCAAAGAGUGAUUCUAUACAAAACAAGCGCGCGUGUGUGUUUGGCAAAGCGAUCGCAUUGAACGGCGAUCGACUGAGCGACUAAGGUACUGAUACACAUGCUCUAUAAUAGCAUGCUUAAAAGUGUGCUUAUGAGCAUGCUUGGUUUGAGCGUGCUUAUGCACUGUUCACAUUUGCUACAAAUAAGCAUGCUAAUUUUGAGCAUACUCACGAAUAAGCAUGCUCAAAGCAAAUACUCCGCAUACACAUGCCAUUUAGUAGCGUGCUCUCUGCCACGAACGAUGGACGACGUAGCUUUCCGCCUAGAGCUCAAUAAAAUAAUUCUUUUGGUGGCGAUACAAUGCAUCACCAACGUUUUGAGAAAUAGAAAGAAGAAAAAAAGCAGAAAGAUUUGGGCUCGUGAUUGGUUGAACAGGAGACAAGACCUUGGAGCUAGUGUACGUUUGAUAAGAGAAAUGCGAGAAGAAGAUAUUGCGGGUUAUAAAAAUCAUUUGCGUAUGCUUCCACAUCAAUUUGACUUUUUACUAAGCAAGGUUGAAAGUGCUAUACAGAAACAAGACGCGAAUAUAUGCGAAAUGCUAUUCCGGCUAAAUUGAAAUUAGAAGUGACAUUAAGAUAUUUAGCAACUGGAGAUUCUAUACAUACAUUGGAAGCACUAUACAGAGUUGGAAGAUCUACUAUAUCGCAUUUUUUACCAAAAGUUUGUGAAGCUAUAUACAAAGCUUUGAAGGAUUAUGUGCGGAUUCCAAGCCACGAAGACUGGAAACGUAUUGAGCAUGGGUUUCGUACAAAAUGGAAUUUUCCGGGCUGUGUUGGAGCGUUGGAUGGCAAACAUAUUUUUUCUACUCCGACUUUGGAGUGGAAAAUAAUAAUGGAUGGCGACGACAACUUUCUUUCGACACCAGAAGAAAUAUCGGCGGCGGCACAAUCAGUUACCGAGAACUUGUUGCCUACAAAAUCGCGGCGUCAGUAUGAUAAAUCGUAUGAGAAGUUCAUGGCGUGGAGACUGGAACACCAGACUACGUCAUUCUCAGAGAAUGUGCUACUGGCUUACUUUAAAAACCUCGACGAACAAUUCAAGCCGUCUUCACUGUGGGUGGAAUAUUCAAAACUAAAGUCAACGCUUAAUAUAUACCACCAGACCGACAUCUCUAAAUACGCCAAGUUACUGGCUUUAUUAAAACGGAAGUCAGAAGGAUUUAAGGCGAAAAAAGCAAAAACAUUUUCACCGGAGGAAUUAAAAAAAUUCAUUGAGGAAGCACCGGAUCAGAACCAUCUCUUUAACAAGGUUGCUGUAAUUCUUGGAAUAAUGGGGGCUUGUCGCAGGCAAGAGUUACAUGAUUUAAAAAAUAACAAUAUAAUUGAUGCCCAAGAAACUCUAGUGGUUCAUAUAAUGAACACCAAGAACCGAAUCGAUCGCACUUUUACAGUCACAGGGAAAUAUUAUCAUAUCUGUAAAAAGUACAUGAUUCUUAGUCCGGAUAACUGCAACGAUCUGAACUUUUUUGUACGGUAUGCCAACGGAAAAUGUUUUGCUCAAAAUAUAGGAUUAAACACCUUCGGCCAGUUAGGAAAAAAUGUUGCAUCCUAUCUUGGUCUCCUAAAUCCAGAGCUCUACACAGGGCACUGUUUUCGAAGGACGUGUGCAACUUUAUUGGUAGAUGCUGGUGGUGAUGUGACAUCUUUGAAGCGGCAUGGCGGAUGGAAGUCCACAACGGUGGCAGAAUCAUAUAUAGACAACUCCAUUGCAAGCAAAAAAAAGUGUCAAAUACACUAAUGAAUUCCAUAGAAGAAACUACAACCCUGAAACCACAAUCCACAUACAUACCAGACCAUCAAUGCUCCCCAACUUUUACUCCGGAACCAGAUUAUAUCAACACCACCAACACUAGUAUCCCAGUCCCUACAACCACACCACUAACUAUAUCCCAAAUAAUAGAACAGAAUUCUGACAUCCAUAUAAAUAAUAAUAGCUCAACCACAUCCACCACUCCCAAUAUAAAUAUUUCUAACAACACAAUUCACAAUUUACAUCUUCAUUUUCAUAAAUGAAUAAAACUAAAUUUCUUAAAACAAACUGCGUUUAAUUUUGUCUUUUAUUUAAUCCCUAAGCAGUUGUAGAAAAAGUAAUGUAUGCAACGUUGUAUAAGUAGGUCAAAAAAGGCUCAUGGCGUCUUUAUUAACAAUUUUCGGCUUCGCCUCAAAUUGUUACACACGCC